AAGUCACAAUCGGCGGUCAGUCAGUCAGUCAGUAAGUCAGUCAGUCAGACACAUAAUCGAUCACUGGGUGGCAUCGAUCAUUGAAUCGUGGAUCCACACUAUCGAAAUCGAUUACACUUUCGAAAUACACUUUUUCACCGGGUUUCUGGCUGACCAGUGCAUUUACCUCGAAUUUACACGGCGUAAUGUCCGAGUGUCUCUUCACCUAUGAAGAUUUACUGCUCGAUAAAUUUUGUGAAUCGUUGUUUUAAAAAUCGUCGUGGAAAUUUAUCAUGAUGUAAAAAUGGAUUUUUGAUUUAUUAGACGGGAGAGAGUGAAUUUGUUUGAUGGAGGGAGAGAAAGAAUCAAUGAAGACAUCAUCAAACUACGAACAAGGUGGAUAAAUUUAAUUGUUCUGAUCAUUAUUUAAAAUUUGUAUAUUGGAAAUACCCUAAAUAAGAAAAAAAAAUCUUCGUGGUAAAAAAACGAUUUCACAGAAAUCUAAGAUUUGAUGGAGAAGAAGUGCACGUGAAUAAUCGACAUGCGACAUCUCGAGAUGUGUUUCACAUUAAUCUUAACGAAAAGGUGAUUAUCAGUCGUCUGUAUGCCAUGAAAAGAGUUGUGGGAGGAAAAUCGAGUAUGGAUUCAAACAUGUUCGUCACCUGUGUCACGACUCUCGUGAUAACAUCGAUAGCCUUGAUCGGCACGAUAAACGCAAACCCGCCGUAUUACGUGAAACCCAUCGAAGACGAGAACGAUUACGCUCGUGUCUUGGAGCUUUCGCUUUUGUUUUACGAGGCCCAACGAUCAGGGAAACUCCCUGAAAAUAAUCGGAUCCCAUGGAGAAGGGACUCGGCUCUCGACGAUCGUGGACUGAAUGGAGAAGAUUUGACUGGAGGCUAUUACGAUGCUGGCGAUUUUGUAAAAUUCGGAUUUACAAUGGCUUCGACAACCACACUAUUAGCAUGGGGUGCUGUUAGCUGGCCAGAAGCUUAUAAUGCAGCUGGUCAACUCGACGAACUUCGUAAAGCCAUUAAAUGGGCUACCGAUUAUUUCAUCAAAUGUCAUGUGAGCGAAUAUGUCUUUUAUGGACAAGUUGGUGAUUUUUCAUUGGAUCACACGUUUUGGGGAAGACCAGAAGAACUGAAUACUACUAGACCUGCCUAUAAAAUCGAUCCGGACCAUCCUGGUUCUGAUCUAGCAGGCGAAACCGCAGCUGCUCUCGCGGCCUCUAGCAUUGUAUUCCGUAACUACAAUCCAGAAUAUAGCGCCAACUGCUUAAAACACGCGAAAGAAUUAUACAAGUUCGCUAGCAAAUAUCGUGGACUUUAUCACGAAGCAAUUCGUGGUGCAGCUCAAUAUUACGAGAGCACUGAUUAUGGCGAUGAAUUAGCCUGGGCAGCCGUAUGGCUUUUCAAAGCGACAAAUGAUACGAUGUAUCUUGAAGAGGCUGAGCAUCAUUAUCAACAUUUCCAUCUUAAAGAGAGACCCAAUGAAUUCUUUUAUAAUAAAAAAGUCGCUGGAGUUCAGUUUAUUGGUUUUUUACAGGUUUUAUUAGCCCAGAUGACAGGGCAGCCGGAAUAUCAGAACGCGGCACGAGCUUUUUGCGAUUUCUCAGUAUACCAACAAAAACGUACACCUAAAGGAUUGCUGUACAUUGACAAGUUUGGCACUCUUUGUCACGCAGCAAAUGUGGCGUUCGUUUGCCUCGAGGCUGCCGACUCAUCCGGCAUCGGAGAUUCCCAAAAAUAUCGUGAAUUUGCUGAGCAACAAAUUUAUUAUAUGUUAGGAGGUGGCGGUAGAAGUUACGUAGUUGGAUGGGGUCGAAAUCCUCCAAAACAACCACACCAUGCUGCAUCAUCAUGUCCCGAUAGACCUGCUAUUUGCGGAUGGUCCGAAUUCGACAAAGACGCGCCAAAUCCUCAAAUCCUAUAUGGUGCCCUGGUCUCAGGUCCUGACGAAGCGGACAAGUUUCACGAUCAUAGAGAGGAUUACGUGUAUACAGAAGUCACUUUGGAUUAUAAUGCAGGGUUCACGAGUGCGUUAGCCGGAUUGUUACAAUUACGAGUCAAGAGCACCGCGUAACGAGCCAUGACAGUUGGUCGCGUUUGGCUAUGCAUCAAGGAAUUACUUUGUUCUCCAAGUUGGAAAUAUUCGCUUCGUGAUUUCUAUAUGGUAAUAAAUGAAAUUGUCGAAGAUUUUAGGAAGAUUUAGAAAUUAUUUUCAAAAAAUAUUUGAUGGAAAAUUAUUUUUCACAAAUUUAUAAUGAAUCAAUAUUUACAUCUAUAUUUAUAAUUUUUUGCAAUAAUUUAAUAUGAAAUAAUAUAAAAAAUUCAAGAAUUUUAUAGUCAAAAUAUUUAUGCAUUUUUGUACACAAUUUCGCAAUUUUUUUUUUUUGAAUUACAAGUGUACAAAUAUAUUUGUAUAAUUUCUAUAAUUCUUUUUCUUUAAUUCUUGAAUUUCUUGUAUUAGUAUUUUAUUAUGCAUUAUAUUUUUUGUAUAAAUUUAUUGCAAAAAAAUGAGAAAAAAAUAUAAAUACUUUUUUUCUAUUAUCGUAGUCAUAACAUCAUAAAAAAUAAAUAAAUAAUUAUUUUUAAAAAAAUAAGAUUUUUCAUGAUUUCUAUAUAAUGUAUUAAUAAAAUAGUAAAAUUUGUUAUAAAAAUCAAAAAGAUCAUUUUAUAAAAAAAAAUUAAUUUCUUAAAAAUAAAAGAUUGAAUUAAGAAAAUCUCAAAUUAUAGUAAAAGAGAUUUAUCAGAAACUAACUAAUUCUUUUUAAAAAAAAAAUUGAAAUAGAAUUGUGCUUAUGUAUAUAUCAAUCAAAUGGAAGAUUUCUUGUUACUUAUUGAUGGUACAAUGUAUUAGUGUAUAGAAAAUCGAUCGUGUCUUUGAUAGAAACUAAUACAAGCAGGUUGUAUGUCAAUCGCAAAGAAUAUUUCUCAGCGUUUGUUCGUAAUUCAUUAAUCUGAAUUGAAAAAGAAAUGAAUUAAUUUUAUAUUAUUAUAAAAUAUGUAUUUCAACGACUGUGAAUUGAUUAUAGUUAUAAAAAUAGCGGCCAUGAUCAAAGUAUGUUUUUUUUUUUAAAUUGACUAGAUAAAUAUUUUAUGAUGAAUAUGGAAAUUUGAAAUGUAUUAACUGAUUGUAAUUUAUUUAAAAAUGACGUAAAAUUAUAUUCCUUAUAAAUUUAUAAUUUUUUAUAAAAUAUCUAGUCGGUAUAAUUAAACGUUCUUGAUUGUGGCUUUAAUUAAAAUUAAAAAAAUUUGUUUAAAAAGAUAUUAAAAAUAUUAUAUGUAUAUUUUUUUUAAAAAUUAGAUAAAAAAUUUUUAUUUAAUGUAUUUUGAUUAAUUUAAAUAAAUUACUAUAUUAUCAUAAUGUACAUAUCUUCAAAUAGAUAUUGAAACUUAGUUUCUUCGUUUUAUUUAAUAAUUUUAUAGAUAAAUGUUAUAUUGAAAUAGCAUACAAAAAAAUUUAUAUUAUUAAUAUAACAUGAGCUUACUAUCAUAGCUACGAAUAUUCAUGCAAUUAGAAAAUAGUAUAAAAAAGAAGAAAAUAAUUGUAUAAAAAAAGAAGAAAAUAAUUGUUCCUGUAAUGAACAAGAUAAUGUUAAACAUGUAUUAUCUUAAACUAUUACAAUGUUGCAUAAUUUAUGUGCUUUCAAAUAUGUUAAUUUUUAAUGUAUUAAAUACUUAAAUAUGUUACAAAUAAAUAGUCGAAUAUUUUCUAUAA